CAGAGGACUCAGAAGGAACUUUAAGUUAAACAUCAAGCGUUUUGACAUUCAGAUAACUUUUUCGGAAUAAUUUACCUUAAUAUUUAUCCAAUUCAAUAUUCGUGUUUGCUGGAAUAUUGAAAUUGUUAACAGAGUGACUGACAUACGUAAAAUACUUUAAAAUGCAAACUAUGGCAUCAGUGAUAGGUGUUUUAGUGCUUUGUUUCAUUGGUCUAGUUAUAGGGUUGGUACCUAAACCAGUAGAAGAAAGUUAUUGUCCAGUCAACUGGCGAGAGUUCGAAGGUCAUUGUUUAUUUCGGCCAAGUAUUGAACCCGACGACAUAUGCCAUAGUUUAGGUGCCAAAUCCGUUUUUAAUCUCUUCUGUAUGAAAGGAAAACUCUUGAGGCCAAUCGAGGAGCGCCCUUGUCCCACAAAUUGGAUGAAAUUUCACCAACAUUGUUUAUAUGUUCCAAGUUCAGAUGCCAAGUCUUACUGCCCACUCCACAAUGCCUUGGUUGUUUACGAUUCUAUCUGUAUUAAAGGUCAAACAGAUUUACUGAAAUUGAAAGGAAAAAGUAAAGCUGUGAAAAUUGCCAAAGUGCCUGAUUCUUUAAAAGAAGAGGAGAGAGCAUGCUGUCCUAAUGGAUUUGGAAAAUAAUUUUUUACUAGGACUAGACAAAUUUUCUCCUAACAAAAUAGCCGUCUAUGAAAAUAUACAUUUUGUGGUCCAUGUUAUGUAUGAUAUAUUUAUUGAUUGAUAUCUAUUUAAUAAAUCUUUAUGCAAUUGAAAGAA